GCUCGAUCCUCUACUGCGUCCUCCGUUUAACGCUAGUCGAUUUUAGCCGAAUAUGAUGCGUCUGCUUCGCGGAAAGAAUUUUUACGUUUCAUCUCUUUGUGGAAGGAUCAUUUGAUCAAUUUCAGUCUACUUCAUAAUUAUCUGGUGUUUACUGAUACAUUACUGAAAGGAUUGCACUUAAAAGCUGUAUGUGAAAGAAUGCAACCACCGAAUCAUUUGUUGAAUUCCAAGAUUGUGUUGUCACAAACGUAAUGGCAUGCUAAUGAGAAAAGCUGAUAAAUCAUCACAUCUCUCGGAAUAAAAGUGGCAACAAUAAGAAAGGCUUGACUUACCAAAGACACUAUGCCAACUUCGACAUGCAACAUAUCUUGAUGAAAUCGGGAAUCAUGAAAUAAUAAAUUCCCCAAUGCAUGUUUAGAAAUUUUUAAUCACGCUUUAAUUUUUAUUACUGUAUGUUACUCACAUACAAAAAAAAGAGGAAUUUUAUUCUUAUGACCCAUGUUAUAAAACAAAAAUUACAUUCAAAAGAUUCCAUACUGAUUCACAUAAUGAAGUAAUUUCAUUUUUGUCAUUUACAGACAAAGGAAUUAAAUUGUAUUCGUCGUGAAUAUUUUAUUGACAAACUGGAAUUAAAGUGACAGGCAGAAAGAAUAGUUUUGAGUUAAUUUUCUCAUUCCCUCUUAAUGUAGAAACUAUAUGCUUGCAAAUUUUGUGAUAUUUCCUCAGCUUCCGAAUUUAAAGAAAUAUUUGCUGAUUCAUACUAAAAAGAAACCAUAUACAUGUGACGCGUGUUGUAAAGCAUAUUUUCAACGAUCACAUUUAAAAAUUCAUUUGAUGUGGCAUACGAAUAAGGAAUCCUACGCUUGCAGCUGUUGCAACAAAGUCUAUUGGGUUAUUUUCAAUUUAUAAAGACAUUUACGGACGCAUACACAAGAGAAAAUGUUUACAUGCAAGUUCUGCAAGAAAUCUUUUGACCGGAACAAAACUUUAAUAGUGCAUUUACGUUUGCAUACGGGAGAGAAACCAUAUACAUGUGAAAUUUGUAAGAAAUCCUUUUCGAAUAAGCAAAAUUUCAAAGGUCAUGUACAGAUCCAUGCACAAGAGAAACCGUUUAAAUGCGAGCAUUGCGAGAAAGCCUUUAACCAGAAUAGUAAUUUAAAAGUACAUUUACGUGUGCAUACGGGGGAGAAACCGUAUAAAUGUAAAUUUUGUAAGAAACGCUUUUCAACUACCGGGCAAUUCAAAACACAUUUACGGACGCAUACGGGAGAGAAACCAUAUUCCUGUGACAUUUGUAACAAAUCCUUUGCGGUUACUUCACAUUUAAAAAACCAUGUACGUACGCAUACACAGGAAAAACUGUUUAAAUGCGACUUCUGCGAAAAAGCCUUUUCCCAGAGCGGUUAUUUAAAGGUACAUUUACGUUUGCAUACGGGUGAAAAACCGUAUACAUGUGAAAUUUGUAACAAAUCCUUUUCGGAUAAGAAAAGUUGCAAGCAACAUUUACGGACGCAUAUACAAGAGAAACCGUUUAAAUGCGAGUUUUGCAAAGAAGCCUUUUCCCGUAACAGUACUUUAAAAGUACAUUUACGUCUGCAUACAGGAGAGGAGCUGUGUACAUGUCAAAUUUGUAACAAACCCCUUUCGAAUAAGAGGAGUUUAAAAACGCAUUUACGUACGCAUACGGGAGAAAAACCGUAUUCAUGUGAAAUUUGUAACAAAACUUUUUCGGAUAAGAGAUGUUGCGAGAAACAUUUACGGACGCAUACGGGAGAAAAACCGUAUUCAUGUGAAAUUUGUAACAAAACCUUUUCGGAUAAGAGAUGUUGCGAGAAACAUUUACGGACGCAUACGGGAUAGAAACUCUUUCUUUGCGAGUUUUGCAAGAAAGCCCUUUUACAAGAACGUGGAUUUACAAAUACAUUUACGAAAGCAUACGAAAGAGAAAUCGUACGCAUGUGACUUCUGUAAUAUAAGAUAUUCUCAUUCCAUUUCUUUGAAGAAACAUUUGCCGAAGCAUAUCAUAGAAAAUGAAUGAAUUAUGCACUUGUGAUGUUCAAUAAAGCACUUGUUAUUGUGAGAACUUUACCUCAUCUUAAAAAGAAAGACUGAUAAUAAUGAUUUUUUAGUAAGUUAAACGUUUCAAAAAACAAGGACCAAAAAAAGCUUAUUAUUGUGCUAAAAUAUAUGAAAUAAUGUCUUCUAGAUUUCCAUUUUAUAUUGCCAAAGCCCAUAAUGCAUAUUCAUUGUUAUUUUACAGGGAAAUUCUUUUACUGAAAUGAAUAUUCUAACUUUGCAGGGCUAUUGAAGAAAACAAAAGAAAGAAUAUUCUUGUUGUUCACCCGAAAUGACGAAUAGUCGUUGGAAAUUUAAACAAUACAGUUAUAAAUGUUCAAUAGAAGCACUUCCAGGACACAAGAACAUUAUCAAGACGAUACGAUAACUCAUCCAUACCCUUUCAGUUUCUCCAAUUUCAUGCUUUGAAAGCCUGCAGAUACGCAUAUUUCAAGUUUAUCAACGUCAACUGAUAGUGGGGAAUAAGCACCUGCACUUUGUUCUAGUCCCAGAUUAGUUUAUUAAUGUGAAUAUGUUGUUGUUUCUUAUGGCAUUUGCCAUGGACAAGCCCGCUGUUGAUGACAGCCUGAGAGGGAGGGCCUCUUGUUUUUAUCGUAGAGCCACGGAGGGUCAAGAGUACGACUUCACUACUACGGGGCAUAAUUCAUUCUCGCAUUUCAUUCACAGAUCGUCAUUUAGACCUGAAUCAGAGAACGAUCACCCUGAUCCAGUACCCCUGAUCCAGUACCACCGGUGGACUCUCGACAUGGAGGACUUUGUGACCACGACAGACGCGGGGAAUCUUCGGCCGGCGGGGUUCGAACUCGCAACCUAAGGGACGCGAAUCCGACGCUCUACCAACCAGGCUAUCCCGGCCUAAUGCGAAUAAAAUUUUGUAAUUUAUUGAAGAGUAUUGCAAAUUAAAGUAGUACUUCCCUUUUA